AUGGAUCCGAAUAUCAUGAUUCCCAACACCAGAAAAGAAGACUUCCCGCUCUUCAAGUACAAUGAGUUCGACGUGUGUGCACUCUGUGCACGCGCGGGCAAGAUGCGAGGGGAAAUUGCGUGCUCAUGCGACUUGAAUCAGCGUCCGGAACGAGGUGGCUUCAAUUGGGCCAUUUUCAUUGUAUUUAAAGAUGGCCUUGAAUGGGUUCUUCGCUCGCCAGUGGAGAAUCACCCCGCGAUGUCUAACGAGUAUGCCGCGAAACUUCUUGCAAGCGAAGCUGCUACGCUCAACAGCCUUGAUCAAGCACGCUACAAGCUGCCGUUGGGGAACCAUUGCUUCGCUGUAUCAGAACCAUCUAGAAAGGACUACCCCAACAAGGAUCAGUGGCAUGCUGCCCGCGAUGCUUGGAAUGACUUUCUCAACGUUGGACAAAAGAUUGACGGCGCCACGAACAAAGUCGACUAUAUUAUUGCUGCUCUUACGCUCAGUCGUUUGAUCUCUCAAUAUGCUAGAAACUGGUCUGAAAUUACCACAUCCCCGGCUAGCUUUCCACUCUGCCACCCUGAUCUCACUACGACCAACAUAUUCGUCGACGAUCAAUAUAAUAUUACGUGCAUCAUUGAUUGGGCUUAUACCACAGCUGUGCCUUUUCCUUUUCUUUUGUCACCACCAGGGUUUCCUCAGUCGCGGCACAAGUUAGAUGAGAGAUUCUGCCUUGGUUUCAGCCAUGGCUUCAAAGAUGCAGCGUCACUCAGCGCGGCCAGUCCACCAGUGGGGUUGUCUAUCCCCAAAGCUCUUGAGUGUGUCAAAAACAGUGAGUUUGCUUGGUGUCUCACAAGGUUUCUAGCAUUCGAUUCCACAGAUGACCUUUCCCCUUUCCGUACCAUGUGGGAAUCAAUCUACCCAUCAGUCCCGAAGCUCGAGUCAUAUUUCUUCUCACAAAGAGAUCUACGACAUUAUCGAAAACUACACAAAAAGAUCAGACUCGAGGACCUGUCGAAAACCCAGAUACAAAAACCAGAAACUGAUCUUUUCACCAAACCUUAG